AUGACCAAAGCAACUGUUAAUGAUAGUGAUAUACCAUAUGAACAAGAAAAUAAUUCAUGUGAUAGCAAUGAAUUUGAAAAGGAUAAUACAAAUAAAGACAAUGGUGUUUUUGAACUAUGUAGUACAAUAUUUGAACCUACUACAUCAAAUACUAAUAUAGCUUCUCACUUAU